AUGGCAACCAAGAUCGCGGAUUUUAUUAAAGAUCACGACCUUGAUAGUGUUGAUAUUGACUGGGAGUAUCCCGGGGCACCAGAUCUUCCGACCUUUAACCCAGGAACGGAAGAGGAUGGACUGAACUACCUGGUGUUCCUUGUAGUCCUGAAGAACCUGUUGCCUGGUAAGUCUGUUGCUAUUACUACCCCUGCCUCCUACUGGUAUCUUAAGCAGUUCCUGAUUGAAGGGUGUGAGACCGGUAACUGUCUCCGCAGCCAAGUUAACCUGACCGAGACCCGGCAGUCGCUUGUAAUGAUCACGAAGGCGGGCGUUCCCGGAAACAAGGUUGUUGUGGGUGUCACCUCCUAUGGACGAUCUUUUAAGAUGGCCCAGCCAGGAUGCUAUAAUCCUGACUGUACCUUUACCGGCGACCGAUUGUCCUCGCAUGUAAUAAAGGGCUGGUGUACAGGUACAGCCGGAUAUCUUGUAGAUGCUGAGAUUACCGAGAUCUUGGAGGAUUCCAGCCGGGUCACGUGCUAUUUUAUUAACUUGAGCAGCCACAGUAACAUUCUUGUCUAUGGUAAGACUAAGUGGGUGGGCUAUAUAAGUACUAGUAUAAAGAGCGCCCGUACCACUCUAUAUGCUAGCUGGGGCCUGGGAGGCAUCUCUGACUGGGCCAGCGAUCUCCAGUCAUUCCACGCGGCGCCCAAGCCGAACCCGGACUGGGUGUAUAUGAAGAGCAAGAUCGCAGCUAAUCUUGAUCCGUUUAUUGAUGAGACGCGUAACGGUAAUUGGACUAACUUUAACUGUGACGAUGAUAAUGUCAAGUACUUGAUGCGCGCCUACCCUGAGGAUUGA